AUGCCACAUAUCAAAGAGAUGGUAUACGAGAAUCGCAUGACAUACGCUGAGAAACACGGGCUGGAGUUUAUGUGGGCGAACAUGACCAGCUAUAACCUACCCAAUGGCGCACCAAUCUACUGGAAUAAGAUCCCCAUUUUGAAAGAUGCCUUCGCCCGUUUCCCAGAUGCUGAAUGGGUCUGGUGGAUGGAUAUCGAUAUUAUCAUCAUGAACAUGUCGCUCAGUAUUCAUGAUCACGUCUUAUCGCCAGAGGGAAUGGCUCGCAACAUCCUUCUUGAUCACCCAAUGACUGGAGCUGGUGGGGGUGAAACUGGCUUCCGUACCCCGGCAGCAUACCACCCCGACGACAUCAAUUUUGUUAUCUCACUAGACAAUUGGGGCAUGAACGUGGGAAAUUUCCUUAUGCGACGAAGCGAAUGGAGCGACUGGCUGCUAGACUUGUGGAUUGAGCCGCUCUAUAUAUCCCAGAAUUGGGUGUUCCCUGAAAAUGACGGAUGGACACAUAUGUGGCAGUACCACGAGAUCGUUCAAAACCACACAGCCUGCAUGGACCAGCGCUCGAUGAAUUCAUACCCGGAAUACAAUUUCCUUGGGCAACACUGGCAACCUGGAGAUCAUAUCGUUCAUUUUGCAGGCUGUGGCGGUGAUCCUAUAUGUGAGAGUGCGUGGGCCAAGUACUGGAAUUUGCGAGAGGAGGUCGAUGUCCCGGCGUCUGUGAAAAGGAAACUGGACGAUGGUACUGCUGAGAUUGAGGCAGUUCAGGGUAAUGUCGGAUUGUAA